AUGUGUGAGUCGCUCUCUUUGGGACAAGACGGCGGCAAAGACAUCACGCUCCCAAACUCGUCCAAAGAAUCAUUGAAGGAGAUCACAGUGGGUUUCAUAAUGAGGACCAAAGUCCAUGGGUUGAAGUUCAUUUUCUCCCCGGACAAAACCAAACUGCAGCGUGUGACGUGGAUCGUGGCCUUUUUCCUCUGCAUCGCCUUCCUCCUCACCUGGUCCAGAAACAGAGUCCUCUACCUGAUGUCCUACCCUGCCGUCACCAAGAUCUAUAUGGUGUGGGCUCACAACAUGUCCUUCCCCGCGGUUACCUUCUGCAAUAAGAACGUCUUCCGGGCGUCCGGUCUGACCAGGGAGGACCUGUAUCACAGCGGCUACUGGAUGGACCUCAUGUACGCCAACCACACGGUGAUGGAGAGGAGUCUGGCCAUCCUGAAGGAGAGCCACAAACAGGGUCUACUCAGCCUGCUGGACUUGAACAACUACACCCGGCCUGCCGGUUACCGCGUCAACACCACCGAGAUGAUGGGUCGCCUCGGGCACCCGCUGGAUGACAUGCUGCUAGAGUGCAGGUUUCGUGGUGAUGCCUGCACCUCCAGGAACUUCAGCACAAUCUACACACGCUACGGAAAAUGCUACACUUUCAACUCGGGAUUAGACGGCAACCCUCUGUUGACCACGCUGAAAGGAGGCACGGGGAACGGCCUGGAGAUCAUGCUGGACAUUCAGCAAGAUGAAUACUUACCUGUGUGGGGGGAUACAGACGAGACCUCCUACGAAGCGGGAAUCAAGGUUCAGAUCCACAGCCAGGAUGAGCCGCCCUUCAUUGACCAGCUGGGAUUUGGCGUGGCCCCUGGUUUUCAAACUUUUGUGUCAUGUCAGCAGCAACUGCUUCAGUACCUCCCUCCCCCUUGGGGAGACUGCAAGUCUACUCCCAUCGACUCAGAGUACUUCUCCACCUACAGCAUCACCGCUUGCCGCAUUGACUGUGAAACCCGCUACCUGCUGGAGAACUGCAACUGCAGAAUGGUUCACAUGCCCGGGACCUCAACUGUGUGCACACCUGAGCAGUACAAAGACUGCGCUGACCCUGCCCUAGACUUUUUGGUAGAGAAAGACAACGAUUACUGUGUGUGUCAGACCCCCUGCAACAUGACUCGCUAUGGCAAGGAGCUGUCCAUGGUUAAGAUCCCCAGUAAGGCAUCUGCUAAAUAUCUGGCUAAGAAAUUCAACAAAACUGAGCAAUAUAUUGGAGAAAACCUAUUGGUUUUGGACAUCUUCUUCGAAGCUCUGAAUUAUGAGAAGAUCGAGCAGAAAAAGGCCUACGAAAUAGCCGGGCUUCUCGGUGACAUAGGAGGUCAGAUGGGGCUGUUUAUAGGGGCCAGCGUGUUAACAAUACUGGAGAUAUUCGACUACCUAUAUGAGGUGUUCAAGGACAAAGUUUUGGGUUACUGCAUGCGCAAGAAGCGACCACAGCGCUGCCAAAGUGACAACCUGAGCACCUGUGACACCCUCCGGAGUCACUCGGACAGUCUCGGAUUCACGCCGAACAUGUUACCUCGUCACCCGACUCUAGGCAACUUUGAGGAGUUUGCUUGUUGAUGGCGUGACUUGACGUGUCCAUCCAAACUGUGAAAUACCUUCCAUGUUUAUCAGAACCAAGUGUAUAGUAGACUUGAUCGAUGCCUGAAUAGAAAUAGAAUACUAUCAUUAGCGGAGGACAAACAGGAACAUUACCAAGACACAACUCAGGUUUAACCACAGUAUUCACUCAUUCAUCUCCUCACACCUCCACUUGAAGUAGUACCACAGUACAGUACUACUAAAGUCAUGAAAUAACUGUUUUGUGUACUAUCUUAAUUAUUAAUGGUUGCCUUUUAGCUUCAACAAUGCUUCUUGCUAAUCAGAAAACUGUGACUAAAACCCCAGAGGUAGAACAAUUUAAACAUGUAUUGUGAGAUUGAGAA